AUGACUAUCAGCAAAAAACCUACAAAUCACUCUACUACAAACAUAAGUCGUCGUUUAACAGUAAUGCAUCGAUUCAGUUUAUACACAUUGACAAUUUUUAUAAUUUUGAUUCUAAGAUAUGCAAAUUCCGGACCAUUUUUACCAUUAUCAUGCCAAUUGUUUGGAUCAAAAUGUCCUACUAAUCCAAGCAUUAAUGGAUUUGUUAAACAAGAAUUUAAUGGCGUCAAAGAAAUCUUCAAACAAAAUUUUAUUAAUGGUGAUGAUAUUGGUGCACAAAUUACUGUUUAUUAUGAUAACGAAGUUGUAGUUGAUUUACAAGGCGGAUUUGCAGAUUUAAGUAAUGGACGUACUUAUAAUGAAGAUACUUUACAACUGGUAUUCUCCAGUACUAAAGUUUUGACUGGAAUUGUAAUUUCUAGACUUGUAGAACAAGGAUUAUUAGAUUAUAAUGAAAAGGUUUCCAAAUAUUGGCCAGGAUUUGCACAAAAUAAUAAAGAGAAUGUGACAUUACUAGAAUUGAUAACACAUAAAGCUGGCGUAGGAUAUAUUGAUUCACAUCAAAUCAGUAAUAGAGAUUUACAUGAUCUUGAUAAAUUAUCUGAAAUUUUGGCCACUAAAGUUUUGUGGCUUAGAUAUAAAGAGGCAGAAAUUGAUCGAUCAUUCAAAGUUCCGAAUUCAUUAAUAGCUAUAUUUAUAUGUUCAGCAAUAUUCAUAAUUAUUGGUAAUGCAAUUAAGAAGGAUAUUCCAAAACCGUCUACAUCUGAUUACGACGAUUGUCAAAAAAAUGCAAUAACCAUCGAUCAAUAUAUAAUACCAAUUAUAUGCGGUGGAUUUUUAUUUGUUGGAGCUGGUUGUUGGUGUAUUAGUUAUUUCAGAUCUGGUGGGAAUUCACGCAAUAAUAAUAUUAGAGGUGAUGUUUCUAGUGAAAAUCGUGACAAUAAUGACAAUAGCGAUAAUAAAAUUGUUAGUACAUCUUUGUAA